AUGGCCUACUACGCUCCUCCACCUGCCUACACUGCCUACCCUGGUGCCCCCGCUGGUUCGCAGAAGUACGCAAUCCUCGACCACUAUCCUCGCCGUGUCUCGCACGCGCAGCAACACAUGCUUUCCCCCGCACAAUUCGUGCCCGGCCAAGCUCUCACCCGCGACCAGGCGCAAUAUGUGAAAUCGUACAAUCGCGCUGUCGCCAUCUACAACGCCUCGCCACGCAAGAAUGUCCUCGCCUGCAGCCAAAAGGGAUGCACCAACGUCCUCAACACGUUUGGCAAUCUUGUCAUCGAACUUCACCUCCACGAGAUUGCCUCGAGUGGCACCUGCUGCCCCGUUUGCUCCAACUGGUUCGAGAACUGGAGUGCAAAGGACCGCCAUAUGUGCCCUGGUCCCGGUGGACAAUGCCCAGAGGAGGACCCUGACAUGCCCGCGGUCAUGCCUCCCGUUGCCCAGAUGAGCGCACAGGACCCAUACUUCUUCCACCAGAGCAUGCGCCGCGAGCAGUACGCAGUCGUCGCUGCCCGUCGUGCAAUGGAAACCAAGCGCAGUGUGCGCUCCGGCCAGGCCCUCCCCUGCGACUUCCACGGCUGCACUGCACACCUCCCGACCGAGGCAUCGCUCAUGCAGCACAUCUUCGAGCACUUCCAGCUCGCUACCGGUGGUCUCUGCGCCGCCUGCAAGACCUGGGUGCCCGAUGCGAAGAGCCGCGAAGCCCACAAGUGCCCUGGCUGCUAA